GUCUGUGUUAAUAAAUUUGACUCAUUUUCAUUGUAAAGCGUCAUUUAUCAUGUCAGACUCUUAGUAAUGUUCUCGUGAUAUUUAUAUUUUAUUUAAAUGACAGUUUGUGUACUGCCCACGGGCUAAAGCAGUUCGGUACUGGGUCGCUAUGGAUGUGAAAUUUAUAUUCCGGACGGUCUUGGCUACUUGCUUUGUUUCAGGAAUCGUACAUGGUAGCUUCUGCAAUCUUCCGGCGGUUUCGAUGUGCACGACUGCCUCGGUUGUCGGGAAUGCAAACCAGAUUGUGUAUCUCGACUCCUCGACCGCCCCGACCUUUCAACUGACCGAGUGUGUGUGCGAACUACGCUUUGAACUCUCGGGAACCAUCAGUCUGUCUUACAGGCCUUCAGCUCCAACCAUGGAUAACUCUUGUGGAGUGCAGUUCAAAUAUGAUAGACCGAACGCUUCUCCGUAUACGUUCGGCUGUAGCGAAAUGACGUCAGGUACUAACGUUCAGACGCGCACGUUUGCCAACAUCACGUUCACGAAGAGCUUAGAUUCAUUUAGGUCUUGGUUUUCCUGCGUUGGGAUUCAACCGGCCCCGGGCAAGAGUGUGACCGUCUCAUGCUACCCGGAUGUGAACUACAUAUCGCCAGAAAGUGGUGGCUGGACCGGGUGGGGAAGCUGGACCGAGUGUACAAGCACGUGUUCCACGGGCACCAUCCGACGUACACGUGACUGUAACGGUACCUCGUGUGACGGACAGUCCACUCAAACUCGGGAAUGUGAAAAUGUGCAAAAUUGCCCAGUAAACGGUGACUGGAGUGGAUGGACGGAUUGGAACGAAUGUUCCGUCUCGUGUGGUACCGGAAGUAAGACCCGGAACCGGAACUGCGACAAUCCGCCUCCCAGCGGGGGUGGAGAUGCAUGUUUGGGUGAUAGUUCCGAGUCCGAGGUAUGCAACCUGGGCAGCUGUACACAGAACGUUGAUGGUGGCUGGGGCUUAUGGUCGGUCUGGUCAGCGUGCUCGGUGUCCUGUGGGGGCGGGUCAAGGUCAAGGGCAAGGUCAUGUGAUAACCCCACGACUGUCGGGGAGGGAUUAGUGUGCCUUGGAGAAAAUGGACAGCGCGUAGAAACAGAAAUUACAACUGAACAAUGCAAUCUCGAAACUUGUUCCGUUGAUGGUGGCUGGGGCUUAUGGUCAGACUGGUCCUCAUGCUCGGUGACCUGUGGGGGUGGGGCCAGGUCAAGGUCAAGGUCAUGCGAUAAUCCCACACCUGUCGGGGCGGGCUUGUCGUGUAUAGAUGGCAACGGGCAUGAAAAAACCUCGGAUUCCCAAGCCGAGCCGUGCAAUACAGCCAUAUGCCCCGUAAAUGGUGGAUGGAGAGACUGGUCAGACUGGACCUCAUGCUCGGUGACAUGCGGGGGCGGGGUCAGAUCAAGGUCAAGGUCAUGUGAUAAUCCCAAACCUGUCGGGGAGGGAUUGCUAUGUGUAGAUGUUGAUGGAGAUCGCGUUGAUACUGAAACAAGAUCUGAGCAAUGCAAUCUUGUUAUUUGUCCCGUUAAUGGUGGCUGGGGCUUAUGGUUAGACUGGUCCACAUGUUCGGUGUCCUGCGGGGGCGGGGUCAGGUCAAGAUCGCGGUCAUGCAAUGAUCCCACACCUGUCGGGGAGGGCAGGCUGUGUGUAGAUGCCGAUGAUGGGCAGGAAAAGAACUCAGAUUUUGAAGCUGAGGCGUGUAAUACAGCCCAGUGCAUCGAAAACCAAAACGGUGGCUGGAGCACCUGGAUACGCACAUCUGACUGUACGGUGACAUGCGGCGGCGGCUUCGCAGUGUGGACACGAUCCUGUGAUAAUCCAAUCCAAACCGGAAGUGGUCAGCCAUGCGUGGACGAACGUGGGCAAGAAGCCAUGUCGGAGACGAAACAACUCACGUGCAAUCACUUGGCUUGUCCAGCUUCUGUGAACGGCGGAUGGACCCCCUGGACAAACUAUGGCACAUGCAGCGUGACCUGCGGGGGCGGAACCCAGGAGCGAAGCAGAGAGUGUGAGAAUCCGGCGCCUCAGGGUGGAGGGGCGGCCUGUUCGGGAGGGGACGGACAAGAGCAGGCGGAGAGUCGGGAUUGUGGCGUGGAUGAAUGUCCAGCUGAUAAAUCCGUUAAUGGCGGAUGGAGCCCCUGGACAAACUAUCGCGCAUGCAGCGUGACCUGUGGGGGCGGAACCCAGGAGCGAAGCCGGAAGUGUGAGAGUCCGGCACCUCAGGGGGAUGGUGAGGCCUGUUCGGGAGGGGACGGACAGGAGCAGACGGAGAGUCGGGGUUGUGGCGAGGAUGAAUGUCCAGCUGAUAACACAGAGACGCCUGUUGCCGGGGCUGCAGUGGGGACUUCAGGGGACGACACCAAUAUAGCGGCCAUUGUUGGAGGAAUCAUUGGCACUCUGGUUGCCCUCCUCCUUAUCAUAUUGCUGAUUAUAUGUCUUGUCAGGCGUCGCAGGCGUGAGAAAAAGCCCGAAAAACGUCCAGGACCUCGUUCUAUUCGGUACGAUUCUCAGGGUGGUGAUGUCACUGUGACGGAGAACGAGCUUUACCAGUAUGACGGGGAAACCCCAGCGCACGCGACGAAUGCGCUUUUUAUAGGUGGAAUUCCAGAUACGCCCUCAAGUCCCGGAUAUAUACCACACUUUUCAACAGACAAUGGGAGUCAGUAUGCUGUUAUUAUGGACAGCACAAGAGCAAAAGACAGACCAAAUGAAAGACCAAGCUUAGAGACAUUUUCAGCCUCAAAGAAAUCCACAGAUUCUGAAACGUCAUUGAAAACACCGGAAACUAUCCCACCGUUUGAAAAUGGGGAUGUGAGGCCUUUUGUUGAGCCUAAUCACUAUGUUGAUAGCAACCCCGACCUUGGUGUAGACAACCCGGGGUAUUUCAAUGCGACUGGUGGGGAGGGGAGCAGCCCAACAUCAAAAUCACCGUAUGACUACAUUGACCAUGACAAACUUAAGAAAGAUGAUGCAGAAUUUGAGAAUGCCUUUGACGAUGCUUCGAGUAAUGAGUUUAAUGGAUAUCCAGAGAGUCAGGCAGAUGAAAGCCACUACAAACGCUUUAUAAGCAGCGAUGGUUCCGAGGUUGCUAAUGACGGAUAUUUGACGUCACCAAAACGUGACAAUACGUUCGAAUUUUCGUCGCCGAAUGAUUCGUAAUACGGUUAAAACUGAGAAAAAUCAAAACUUGUUCAAUUACUUUGUUAAAUAUUGCAAUAUGUAUUCACACAUACAUGAUAUGAGCUGCAUCGCGCAAUUUUGAGCAUUCGGACAUACAUUGCAUUUUUUUUCGGUUCAUUAAAGCUGCACUCUCAAAGAUUGAACGUUUUGACAACUUUUUUAUUUUUUGUCUUAGAACGAAACAAUUUUUGCGAAAAUCCAUGGAAACCAGUUAUAUAAGACUGUUGACAAAAAAAUUGAUCGCAGAUUUUUAUAUCUAAGUUAAAAAUUGAUAUUUUAUCAAUUUUUCUUAAACCGUUAGUAACCGUUUAAGCCAUACAUCAUUAAUUUCCGAACGGAAAUAUGAAAAUCUACGAUCUAAUUUUUUGUCAGCGAUCUUAUAUCAUUGGUUUGCAGAUAUUUUCGCAAAUAUUUGCUCUUUCCAAGACAAAAAAUAAAAAAAAGUUGUAAAAAUAGUAUAUCUGUGAGAGUGCAGCUUUGAGUGGUUUAAUUAAAUGACAUUUUAUGAAACAAUACUGAAAAUUCCAUGAUGAUAUCCCUUAAAUUGCGUAAAAAUACGUGUUUACAAGUAAUACCUUUAUUGGGCAUUUGUAUUCUAAGUUUUACGUCACCCUCAUGACUUCAUGACAAAAUUACUUCAUUGAAAAUACAGGCAAAGUAUGUCUUGGUAACAACACGUGGUCGACUGGCCGAGAUAACACUGAGAUAAAACCCUCCUUCUGGGGAAAACUCAGAAACCUCUGCCCGUUUGUCAUCCAGAUUUACAGGAUUUGUCUCGUACCACUAGAUGUCGGGCCUCAUCACCCACAAGCUCCAUAACAGAGAUGUAUAGAAAACAUAUCAUUUUUUAAACUAUCUGUGCAUGCGCGCAGGUAGUCUUAGGACCGCAAACUCCAAAGAACUACUUCUUUUCAUGUCAAUGUAACCCAUUUUUUGCCUCAAUGCGCUCUAUGUUUAGCAGAACGACGUCGAAACCAUAAAAAGAUUAGUUGUAUUGCUGUCCGAGUAUGAGUUCAUGCUUGUUCGGCUAUUUCCACGCUGUAUUUCUGUAUCCCGGCGUGAUAUUUUUAGCAGCAUAUAACUAUUUUAGAUCGCUAUAUUUACCAGAUUAAUGUGGGUCAAAAUAAUGGAGGCUCUGGUAGGAAGAUAACAUAAUGAAAUUCACUCUGAGUUUAGCCCGAGAUGUUCCAGAAAUAAUUACCGACCGCAUGUGUCCAAUCGCCUGCAAAGUGUGUUAUCAUAACCUGACGUGACCUUGAAGCAGGCUUAUUUGUAAUAGUGUCUAUUUGAUAUUACUUUUAUGAGAUGAGAAACAAAAAUGAUUGACUGAAUGUCAAAAUAGUUGUAUCUCAGGUUUCGCGUUGCUAACGCUUCAAAUACUAUGAUUUGCCUGCUACACAAUAACAAAAUACUAUUCACCCUAUGGUUUUUAGGGGUUUAUAUUUCUAAUAAGCUGUUUUCAUUUUUUUGCAUAAAAGCUUUGUUCCGGUGUAUUCUUGGCAUAGUUUUAGACAUUAGGCUUUCAAUUUAUAUUAGCACACAUGCCGGCCCUGAUACGACAGUGAGUUAUGCACACGAUCGGUGAAGCAAAGUAGUUCGGAUUAAACAUGUAAAACAUCCAAGGAGUGCGAAGUAUUCAUAACAGCACUAGUACUAUUUCUACACAGAUACUUACGUAAAACAUAAAUAUCAUUUAUUUAUCAAUAAAAUUUGAAAAGGCACAAUCAUAUUCUCAUUCUUAGAACAGACAAUUUCCGAUAAUCUAAAAAUAAUUUCAACUACAUUAAUUGACCGAUAUUCUAAAAAUAGUUUCUACAUACAUUAACUAACCACAUGUUUGUCCUCACCACGUGAAAACGACCAUCUGAUAAGCUCUGCAUAUUGCGAGGAAUCAUUGCUAUUGUUGUUGGUAAAAUCAAAAAUCAUCAUUUUCCUUAAACAAUUAAAAAGUGUAUGUUCAUUAAACUUGCCUAACGUAUGAUAUCUAAUCAAAGCAACGAAAAACCUUUAUGAGCGAUUGAAAGGGACAUGCAUUAUCACUUAAAAUACAUGGGGAUGAGGGAAACGUUGAAUGAAAUGAUAAGCUUCAUUUUGAAUGGAAUAACUGCUAAAGUUGUUUGAAAAACAAAAUGAUUUUCCUUACACAAAACCUGUAUGUUUAUAAAAGGAAAUGAUAUAUAUGAUGUAUUAUACUUUCCUAUCGUAUGGUAUCUAAUCAAAGCAACCCUUAAAAACCCUUAGAAAUGAUUGGAAUGGGCAUGCAUUGUAACAUUAAAUACAUGGGGUACGGGGGAAUACGACGAUUGAAGUGACUUUUACAUAAACAAAAUGACACAACACGCCAUAAAAUAUAUAUAGAUGUGUUUGUUUCAUCGCCCAAUGUUGGCACAAGCGCUCUUGAGCCUCUUGACCUUUCACUUUUAUCUAUGUGCCCUUCACCCAUUCCCAUUGUUGAAAUAAAAUUUGCAACUCUCAUAUAUUUGCCCGCAGAUAGUCUUUCAGCGCAUUCGCGCUUUGAUUAUUAUUCAUGUUUACUUUAUCAAGUUAUACAAAUGCAUAUAACAUGGUUAUGUUCUUUGAAUACAAAUGAAAAACAGAUUUAUCAUUCAUAUGAUGAAAUUGCAUAGUAACAGAAAACUUUCACAAUAAACAUUUUCUUGUAAAAUUUAACAAUCAUUGAAUCGAUGUAAACGGAUCGGUUCCCCAACGCUGAAUGCCUUUACAUUCAUAUUCGCACGAAUUCCUCGUGUUUAUCAACCGCCACCUGGAGAUUACUUCAUUAUAAACAAGGAAAAAUAAUUUCCUUCUAAUUCGUUUUAAUCAAACGUAGGAAAUUAUAUUUCCCUGAAUACCAUUCUAUAACCUCCUAUAGAAAACAACAAAAUCAAUAUUUUCAAUGGUAUUAUUUUGGAGGUCUCCGUGAAGGACUUGGGAAACCGAUGAAGUUUAAAGAACGGGUAAGGUGAUAUUAAUAACCAAAUAUUCUUAAUAUGGUGAUCUUUUUUAAUAUACUCAUAAUUGACAUGGAAUUUUAAUCUUCCGUUUACAAACUAAAUGUCGAUUUCAAAUAAUAAAGAAACCUUUACACGUAUCUAUGUUCACUAGAUUCACUUAACUAACACCAUAUUUUUGACAUUCUGUCCUUAACUGCAUUGUUGAAAACACUUGUUUCUCCAGCAGAUCUUAAUCAAUGUUCACUGCUUUUAAUAUCGUCAUUAUCAGGUGCAAGUGUUCGAAUA